GCUCCCGCUCUCUGGGCCACUCGCGAGCUGCGUUCGCUUGCCCGUCCCCGGGCUCAGGUCCAGGUGCUGCUCCUCCCGGCAGGCGUGACCCGAAGUUGUCGUGGGUCCCGCAGUCACUGGCUCUGCGGACGUUUUGCUCAUCUCCUGCAGAGAAUCCUGAAGGAAGCCUUUCUGUCCCCAGCCUCCUUGAGGCAAAGGCCGGGGUGCCGGGGUCUCAGGCUGCAGGGCAUUGCCUGCGAGCAGUUCUCUGGGGGCAGGCCAGGGGCCGGCCUGCGGGGCCUUGUGGAAUGUCACAGGAGUGGCACUGCCUUUCCGUGGGGCCUGUGGGUCACACUCCCUCCAAGAAGGGGAACGGACCCACCCCUGGCGGAGUCCUGGGCCUCCGUCCCUGGCUCCCGGGAAGCCUGCCUGGGAACGCAGCUGCAGCUGGGAGAGGAAGGCACCGGGGGUUCCCACACCGCCGCUCUUCCAGAACUCGCUCCGCCGCCGAUUUGGAGCAGCUUACAUUUUGUUUUGUCUCUGCUUCCAUCCGCAGUAUUUAUUUCUGCCUCCUGUGUUUCUGUUCUUCUCCAGUCUCCCCAGAGUCCACUUCUUUCUUUCCAUUCUGUAAGGAACCAGCUUCUGCCCCCGAGGAGUGUCUCUGCCUCGCCCUGUGCCGACUCCCAGCUCGCACUCCUGUCUCACGUUCCCAUGGCAUUUUGGUUUUGCUCUGUUAUUUGUUUGUUUGUUUGUUUGUUUGUUUGUUGAGACGGAGUCUCACUCUGUCCCCCAGGCUGGAGUGCGGUGGCGCCAUCUCAGCUCACUGCAACCUCCGCCUCCCGGGUUCAAGUGAUUCUCCUCUCUCAGCCUCCCAAGUAGCUGGGACUACAGGAGAGGGCCACCACGCUUGGCUAAUUUUUGUUUUCUUGGGUUUUUUUUUUCAGACAGAGUCUCACACUGUCGCCCGGGCUGGAAUAUAGUGGGGCCAUCUCGCUCACUGCAACCUCUGCCUCCCAGAUUCAAGCGAUUCUCCUGCCUCAGCCUCCUGAGUAACCGGAAUUACAGUUAUUGAUUGCGGCUUUCCUCGCAAGAGCAAAAGAUUAGAAACAACCCAGUUUCCUCCAGCGAGGGUCCGGUUAAAUAAAUGAUGACCAUCCCCAUGACAAAAUACAAUGUAGUUGGGAAUGAAAAUAAGGAAGAGUGAAAGGAGGGAGCCUUUUAUGUAUCACUCCGGAAAGAUCUCUGGCUAAACCCAAUUGCUACCAGGGCUAGCACUCUGUGCCUCAGACACCCAGCUGGAUUUGGCAGCACCUUGGGAGAUUGCUUUACCAGCAUGUCCCCAGCACCUGGGUCAUCAUGGUCACUAGGGGCCAGGCCGGAGCUCCCGGCCCAGCUCAACCACUGACCAGAAGAGAGACAUUGGCCAGUCCUCCCUUGGGGGCACAUAGCCCAGGUCCUGCAGUGAACUCUAACCCUGGGCCUCCAGGUCACGUGAAGACAGACAAACCACAGGGAGCUCUUCUUUGCUUACCUUAAAGAAUCAAGGCCAACUUCGUUAUGGAACCAGUAAAUGGAUUUCUUCACAUGCCCAUUUUAUAGAUGGGAAAACUGAGGCCCAGUGAGGGGAAAGCCAUUGAGAAUCAUGGAUAGCAUGGCAUGGCCGUUCAGAGCAAGGAUCCCACAUCCCCUCCAUCACAGGCCCCACCCAGGCUGGCCCUGAGCUGCUGGACAGAAACUUGUGCCUGACCUACCGAUCCCGGCAGCUGCUCCCACUGAGCUUGGACCACAUGCUUGAGACACGCCUCCCCUCAUUUAAACCCUGCUCGGGCAGCCUCACACCAGUGGGGACUGUGCUUGUUCACAGCAACUCUCUCAAGCCUCUAGAACAGAGCCUGACACAGGAGGUGCUUAGUGUUUACUGAAAAAUAGAUGAAUGAAUCAGUGUAAUCCUCCCAACAGCCCUUCGAGUGGGUGCUCUAAAGAAUCCUGUGACACAAAGAAGUCUUGGGUUCAUUCAUUCAUUCAUUCAUUCAUGCAUCCAGCACCUGUGUGCUGCUCCCUGUUGUAUGCAGACACCUGGAAUAUGACAGUGAGCCUCAGACACCUGGAAUAUAACAGUGAACCCCAGAGCCCUGGAAUAUGAUGGUGAAUGCCAGACCCCUGGAAUACGAUGGUGAACCCCAGACCCGUGGAAUACGAUGGUGAACCCUAGGCCCCUGGAAUACGAUGGUGAACCCAGACACCUGGAAUACAGCAGUGAACCCCAGAUAUCUGGAAUACGACAGUGAAUCCCAGACACCAGGAAUGCGAUGGUGAAUCCCAGACACCUGGAAUACAACAGUGAACCCAGACACCUGGAAUACGACGGUGAACCCCAGACACCUGGAAUAUGGUGGUGAACUCCAGGCCCCUGGAAUAUGUCAGUGAACCCCAGACACCUGGAAUACAGCGGUGAACCCUAGACACCUGGAAAACAACGAUGAACCCGAUACCUGGAAUACGACAGUGAAUGCCAGACACCUGGAAUAUGAUGGUGAACCCCAGACCCCUGGAAUGACAGUGAACCUAUACACCAUCCCUGUCCUGAGAGCUCACAGCCCAACAGAGGGGACAGCAUCUCACCCACAGCCAGCAGUGGAGGCUACAAAGCUAGAGCCUACUCUAGUGCCAGCCACAGAGCUAGAGCCACCUCCAGCUGCAACACUUGGACCAGCUCCAGAACUAAAGCCAUCUUCCGUGUCGGUUCUUGCACCCCUUCUGGCACCAGGCUAGAGUUAGAAUCAGCUCCAGAACAAGAGCCAGUUCUAGAUCCAGCUCCAGCACCACUGCCCAGGAUAGAGGCAGCUCCAGCCCCGGCUCAGGCCCCAGCUACUGAGCCAGUUUCACAGCCAGAAUUCAGCAGCUCGAGCAUCGGCCACCACUCCAGCUCCAGUGCGGGAGCCUCAGGCGGGCGCCACCUUCAGCACCAGCUCCUGUGCCAGAGCUUUACUGCCCCUCCCUGGGAUGGCAACAUUUCAUUUUUAUACCACGUGCUGCAUUCCCCACUCUGCACCCACAAAAGAAGGGACAACCCCUUGACUCCUGAAUGGAGCUGCUAAGAAGCCCCAGAGAGGGACGCUGGCCUCAGAAGCCCUGCAGGGUCCAGGCUUCUGCUGAUCUUGCUAUUCCCACAGUUCUGGGAAUCGACCUUGCUGUCAUCCCCGGGGACCUCCAGCAUCAACUCUGACUCCAGCAGCACUUCCUCCUCUUCACCCUCCAGCACACCAUGGCUGCUAAACCCACCUUCAAAUUACCAGUCUCAGGGCUCUGCAGCCACAGCUCCUAACGCUGCUCUACAACCUGCAGGUAGGCAACGCCACAUCAUCCAUAUUGGCCUGGACAAGGACAAGGCAACAGUGCCUUUAUUUCUUUGUCUUGCCUAAUUGCUUGGCCAAACUUCCAUCGCGAUGUUGGAGUGAAGUGCUGAAAGCAGGCAUCCUCGUCUUGUUCAUCUUAGGCGGAAAGCUCUCAGUCUUUCACCACCGAGUCACAAUCAGGACACUCAAAUCCAGAAGGUGGAGAACACCUGCUCAAGUCCUGCAGCCAGUGUGGAACCCUGGCAGAGUUUGGGUCCCUGAAAGCAGACAAGGAUUUGGGGACACAUCAUUUGUUACAGAUGAUCCCAGGACGCCUGAGUGAGGACGUGGGAAGGAAGCCGGUGCUCAGAGAGGGAAACGGUCGUGACUAAAGUCUCUCAGCCAAAGAGCAGUGCAGCUGUGGUUCCUGCCCAGCUCGGGCUGCCUCGGCACAGAGCCUGAAGCGAAUGCACCAGGAGCUUUGUAAGUAGAAAAACCCCAGCACAGCCAGGGGCUGCAUCCUCUCUGCCUCCCUGGGGUCUCCACACGCAUCCCCCUUGUGAGAGGCAGGAGUAAGUGGCCUCCUCGGGCCAGGAAAGCUCAGCCGGGAGGGCACCUGGUGCCUGAGAGGUAACCAUAGUGCCUGGUCAAGCUCGGAGCAGCGGGCUGGGUGAGGGAGCUGCGGGCUGGGUGAGGGAGCAGCGGGCUGGGUGAAGGAGCUGCCUAGUACAGCCAGGCCAGAUGCAGGUGCAGUCAUCUACCAGCUGCCAUCAGUGUGUGCCAGGGGCUGGAGAGCAAACCGUGUCAUCUGCAACCGAGCCUCUGAGGUGGAGAACGCGGUUCCCCCAUUCUCCAAGUGGGAAAUGGAAGCACCUCCUGGCCAUAAAGAUGGGGUCUCACUAUGUGGCCAGGCUGGUCUCAAGCUCCUGACCUCGUGAUCUGCCCACCUUGGCCUCCAAAAGUGCUGGGAUUACAGGUGUGAGCCACUGCACCCAGCCAACAGCAGCACCUUUAAUGGCUGUGGGGCGUGUUUCUUCCUCCAGGGACACCAGAUGCCCCUGCUCAAGGCUGGGGGGCAAGUGUGCCACUCGGGGCUCUGAGAUGGGCAGAGAUGACUAUCCUCGAACUUGAACCCUUUGUUCAUGUCUCUAAGCCUUUCCUGUUUUCUAGAAGUAGACAAACUGAAUCCAAGGGCGGGUGUGCUGGGGUCUUAGUGCCAACUCACCCUCCAGGAGGAGAGUCCAGACCCCUCUCCCACUGCCAGGGGGAAAGUGUCCAUCCCCCUCAGCCACUCCAAGGGUUUCGAAUUUCAGGGGUGUGAUAUCAUACCAAAUAUAUAUAUGUCCAUCCAUGAUUCCUGGCUCAUAACUCCCAUAGCGCUUGUUAUAAUGUUGGGGUGUUUUAGGCCUCAGGAGCAGGCCUCAGAAAACAGAAUGUCUCUCUCUCUCUCUCUGAUCUUCUCCUGCCCUCCUUUCACCUGCACCUUUUUCUCCCCAAGGCAAGAAUCUUCCCCUGCCUUUCUGUCUGGCCAUAAAUUCUCUGACCUACCUUGUGUCUAAUUGUAGGUCACAAGAUCCCCAUUUUAGGAGUCCUGCCCCAUACCCUGGAGGAAGGAAUGCUGCAGGGAGAAGCCAAGAAGAAUCUGCACAGACAGGCCUUUUGUCCAUGCUUCAGUCAUGCCUAUCCAAUUAUCCAACGGAGCCUCCAUGAAAGGCCCAAGAGGACGGGGUUUAGGGAGCUUCCGGAUGGCUGAACACACAGAGGCUCCCAGAGGGUGGGCGUCCGGGGAGGGCCGGAAGCUUCGCACCCCUUCCCCCAUACCUCGCCCUACACAUCCCUUCAUCUGUAUCCUUUGUAAUAUCUUUUAUAAUAAACCGGUAAACAUGUUUCCCUGAGUUCUGUGAGCUGCUCUAGCAAAUUAAUUGAACCCAAAGAGGAGGCUGUGGGAACCCCAGUUUGCAGCUAGUGAGUCAGAAGCUCUGGAAGCCCAGAUUUGUUUGUUUGUUUUUUUGUUUGUUUUGGAGAUGGAGUCUCACUCUAUCACUCAGGCUGGAGUGCAAUGGCGUGAUCUCAGCUCACUGAAACCUCUGCCUCCCAGGUUCAAGCGAUUCUCCUUGGAAACCCAGAGUUGUGAUGGUGUCAGUGGGAAGUGGGGGAGGGGGCAGUCUUGUGGGACUGAGAUCUCAACCCCGGAGGAUCUGAUGCUACCUCCAGGUAGACAGUGUCAAAAUCGAAUUGAACUAGAGGACACCCAACUGGUGUCUGUUGCCUGGUGUGUGAGAAACCCCCAUACACUGGACCACAGAAAUCUUCUGUGUUGAAUGUUGAAUGAGGGAAGAGAAAAAGCCCUUUGAGAGAGAGAGAGAGAGAGUGUGUGUGUGUGUGUGUGUGUGUGUGUGUGUGUGUUUUCCACUCAAGGAGCUUUGGGGGAAAUGGCUGCACACUUCGUAGGUCAGAUAUGCUAUCUAACUCAUUAUCUUAUUUCAUUGUCCUGAUGCAGGCAGAGGCUGGAUUUUCAUCUUUCCACCGUUUCUGAAGCGUGGCCCCUUCUGCUCUCAGGGGAGCCUGCUGAACAUGUGUUCUCUGGGCAUCCCUGGGGUCAAGGUCUAGGUGUGGCUUCCAGCACAGCCAAGAAGCUCCUCUCCCAGGUGCUGGGGGCCCAGGAACCAGCCCUGGGAUCUCUCCUCCGGGCCUAGCUGGCUGGUUUCAGUUAGUGCUUGGACUGGCUCCCCUAGGACAGGGUGCGGUGGGUUCUGCUUGUAUCCAGGCCAGGCCUUAGCUAGUGCAGGAUGAUGGGCUUGGAUCAGAGAAUGGCUCCUGGAUGCCGCUGGGUUCUGGGUGGGCCAGCUGUAUAGAUGUGAAUGCACUUGUCCUCCUGAACCACCAGGUCAAAGAGGAACACAGUGCAGGGAGCCCCAGAGGAGCAGGGCUGGCCCAGAGUCCACCCAGCCCUGUAGUCUUUCAACCCCACCUUUUUGGGGCAGUGAAACAUUGUUCUGAUAAUACAGAUGUAGAACCCCAAGUACCAAACCCCGGACAGAGCUGCUCAGGGUGGAGCUGGGAUGAGGUCUGGACUCCCUACCCCCAACCCAGACACACUUCAGGAGCCUCCUCCCUGACACCCCAUUCCUAGGCCUCUGAGAGGCACAGCUUGACAAGCACUAAAGGAAACUGUCGCUGCGAUGCAUAGUGGGAAAAACUGAGGCUUUGUCCAAGAUCACCCAGCAAAGCAGGGGCAGAACCUUGGGUGAUGGGCUGAGACUUGGGGUCUGUCCUCAGGACCCUCCUGCUGCUGCCCACCCCCAGGUUCCAAGGCCAAGGGGAGCCAAAAUCAAUGUCUGGGUCCAAAUUGAGCUUUGCAGAGAUGCCUGCCGACCACUCAGGAGAGCACUGGCUCUUGUUCCAGACAGAAGCUUCUCCUAAGCCCUCCAGGAUUACCAGUGGGAAGACAGGUCACUUCUUUGUCUGCUUCAGAAGAUCAAGACCAAUUUAUGGAGAAACUGAGAGAUGGAUGUCCUUACAAGCCCAUUUUCCAGAUGAAAAGCUGAGGCCCAGUGAGGGGAAUGACCACAGAGGGACAUUGGAUAGCCUGUGAGUUGGGACCAAGAAUCCUAUAUCCCCUCCACUGCCGACCCCACCCAGGCUGGUCCUGAGCUGCUGCACAAGAACUUGCGUGUGACCUCCCGAUCCCAGCAGCUGCUGUCGCUGAGCUUGGACCACGUGCCUGAGACCCGUCUUUCCUCAUUUAAACCCUGCUCGGGGGGUGGGGACUCCACACCAGUGGGGAACAUGCUUGUUGACCGUUUGUUCUUAGCCUCUAGAACAGAGCCUCAGGCACAGGAGGCACUUCACAUUUAUUGAAUAAAUAGAUGAAUGAAUCAGUGUCAUCCUCCCAACAGCCCCUUGAAGCAGGUACUCUUAUUUGACAGAGGAGGAACCUGAGACACAAAGAAGUCUUGGGUUCAUUCAUUCCUUCACUCAUUCAUGCAUCCAGCACCCCUGUUGUGUGCAGACACCUGGAAUAUGACAGUGAACCCCAGGCACCAUCCACAUCCUGAGAGCUCACAGCCCAAAAGCAGGGACAGCAUCUCACCCACAGCCAGCAGUGGAAGCACCGAUCUGGGUCCCAGCUUCAGUGGCCCACCACCUCCUCAAAAGAUAGUUAAGUAAGGCCAGGCACAGUGGCUCACACCUGUAAUCCCAGAACUUGGGGAGGCCAAGGUGGGUGGAUGGCCUGAGGUCAGGAGUUUGAGACCAGCCUAGCCAACAUGGAGAAACCCCAUCUCUACUUAAAAAAAUAUAUAAAUCAGCCAGGUGUUGUCAUCCCAGCUACUCAGGAGGCUGAGGCAGGAGAAUUGCUUGAACUGGGAGGCAGAGGUUGCAGUGAACCGAGAUUGAGCUACUGCAGUCCAGCCUGGGCGACAGAGCAAGACUACAUCUCAACAGAUCGCGCCACUGCACUCCAGCCUGGGUGACAGAGUGAGACUCCAUCUAAAAAAAAAAAAAGUUAAGUAAAACAAAAAUUUUAUUUAUUUACUUAUUUUUGAGACAUAGUCUCACUCUGGCACCCUUGCUCCAGCCUCAUAGCUUGCCAUGUUGCCCAGGCUGCUCUUGAACUCCUGGGCUCAUGUGAUCCUCCCACCCUGGCCUCCCAAAGUGCUGGGAUUACAGGCUGGAGCCACCAUGCUCGGCCUUAAGUAAUAUUUAAUAAGAGUUUUCUUUAAGUCAUAUAUAGAGAGACAGACAGAAAAACAGAGACAGAGAGAGACAGAACUGGAAGGCUGGCAGUGACUCUUCUCCCCACUGCUCUUCUCCCGCUCUGCCUGGCUUGGAUUUGUUCUUUCUGGUUCCCUUGAACACUGCAAGUCUCUGCCUACAUUCCUAUUUCGGCCCACUUAACUCGCUGAUGAGAAAGAUGCCCAUAUGCACCUACAGUGUUUUCUCCCAUCUUCCUUUUACCUCCCUUGCCUUUGAUUAUUACAUUUUUAAGUCAUGGAGGUCUCUCUUGUCUUUCUUUACCUUUGCACCCAGCCCCCUCCAGGCCAGUGCUGUCUUUAAGCCACAUUUUUUCUCCUCUGGGGGUGCAGCGGGGAGGGAUGGAGAGACUGCUGGCUGGGCCAAGGGAGGGCUGUGGCCAGUAGGCACAGCCAUAGGGCUAGGUCGGUCCUGUCUUGCUCACCUUAAAGCUGUAUUAGAAAACAAUUCCCAGAGAGGCAUCAGUGUCUGGAAGGCAGACCAGGGAACUUUGCAAACAUAAAUCGAGUAAGGAAAAUGAAUCAGCAGAUCCCAGACCAGGUCCCAGGGAGCUAGUGUUUGCAGCGAAAAGGUGGAAGCAUGACCUUUUGAACAGCACUCACCAGCUCCCAGGGCCCAUGCCAGGCUCCCGCAGACUGAGAAAACAGGCCCUGCCUUACAGGAACCCCAAGGUGCUCUAGAGAAACCCCAGGGACACAGGUAAUCAUCACACCCCUGAGGGGCCUGGGAGGCUGUGCCCAGGCACCAGACAGGGGUGGGUUUCCAACUUCCAGCUGCACUGUGACCUGGAGCACACCCGUAACCUCUCUGAGCCCAUCUCUGGCUGGGUCCCACCCCCCACCCCUUUGGUUACUCUUUCCUUUAUUUUCCCUUAGGGCCCCUUCAUUUCGCCUUCCUGUCCCUCCCCUCCCGCACCCUUCCUAGGAGAGGUUUAUGCUACGAAAACCUUCUACCCCAUGCGCUGACCGACCUCUGGGGCGCCUGGCUCAGAGGCCCUGAGCAAAGGAGGACAGAUCUUAAACCGGACAGCAAGCUGCGUCCAGCUGGUUCUCCCUUUCCGUGACUAUUUCAAAGCUCUUAUAAACAAGCCUCGCGCGCGGCCCCGCUGCCUGCCCUGCUCCAGGCUCCACCUGCGCCGCCGAUCGCCUGGGUAUCGCGGGGGCCCAGGCCAGCUGAGUCCGUUUUCCGCGCCGGGGUGGCGCCCCUCCAUCCGUCCUAACACCGGUCCGGCAGCAAGGAGUGUUCCUGGGACCUCAGAGACCAGGCUCAGAGCCUGACAUCCCUGAGAGGGGACAGCCUCAUCCACCCAGGCCGGCGGGGUCUCUUCAGGUGCCCAGGCUUAGAUGCAGCCCCCAGCAAUGCAUCGCCGGAGACUGGCCCUGGGUCUGGGUUUCUGCCUGUUGGCGGGCACAAGUCUCAGUGUCCUGUGGGUGUAUCUUGAGAACUGGCUGCCAGUCUCCUAUGUCCCCUAUUAUCUCCCCUGCCCAGAGAUCUUCAACAUGAAGCUGCACUACAAGAGGGAGAAGCCACUCCAGCCCGUGGUAUGGUCACAGUACCCCCAGCCCAAGCUGCUGGAGCACAGGCCCACACAGCUGCUGACACUCACACCCUGGUUGGCGCCCAUCGUCUCCGAGGGAACCUUCAACCCAGAGCUUCUGCAGCACAUCUACCAGCCACUGAACCUGACCAUUGGGGUCACGGUGUUUGCCGUGGGGAAGUACACUCACUUCAUCCAGUCCUUCCUGGAGUCGGCCGAGGAGUUCUUCAUGCGUGGGUACCGGGUGCACUACUACAUCUUCACUGACAACCCUGCAGCCGUUCCCGGGGUCCCGCUGGGUCCCCACCGGCUCCUCAGCACCAUCCCCUUCCAAGGUCACUCCCAGUGGGAGGAGACAUCCAUGCGCCAGACGGAGACCAUCAGCCAGCACAUUGCUAAGAGGGCUCACCGAGAGGUGGACUACGUCUUCUGCCUUGACGUGGACAUGAUGUUUCAGAACCCGUGGGGCCCUGAGACCCUGGGAGACCUGGUGGCUGCCAUUCACCCAAGCUACUACGCCGUUCCCCGCCAGCAGUUCCCCUAUGAGCGCAGGCGUGUUUCCACUGCCUUUGUGGCAGACAGUGAAGGGGACUUCUAUUAUGGUGGGGCAGUCUUCGGGGGGCAGGUGGCCAGGGUAUAUGAGUUUACCAGGGGCUGCCACAUGGCCAUCCUGGCGGACAAGGCCAAUGGCAUCAUGGCAGCCUGGAGGGAGGAAAGCCACCUGAACCGUCGCUUCAUCUCAAACAAGCCGUCCAAGGUGCUGUCCCCUGAGUACCUCUGGGACGACAGGAAGCCCCAGCCACCCAGCCUGAAGCUGAUCCGCUUUUCUACACUGGACAAGGAUAUCAGCUGCCUGAGGAGCUGACCACGGAGCUGGGGGCUGCCAUGGAUGGGGACCCAAAGACCUGCAGCCACCAGUGCUUCACUAGCGUGCAGACCAGCCCUGUCCCGCCUCCCUCUGUCAGUCAGGCGAAUUCCACCGGAAAAGGGAUGUGGAAAGGCCACUGUGAACUGCAGAGGGCUGUGCACACAGUAGCACACAAGAUCUCACCGUAAUGCAGCAUAGGAACGGUGAGACGGGGAGGCGAGGCGCAGUGACAAAGGCAGCACCCGGCAGGCUUGCCGCGUUCUGCAGCCCUGCUUUUGUGGGGCAGGCUCUGAAGCCUCAGCCCGACUCAGAGUGCCAGAACCCUGCCGCGCCAGUCCCCCACUUAUUACAUAUUGCCCUUAACGUAGCAUUUCUAAUACCCUAGUACGAAGGCGCCCUAGACCCCUUUUCUCUGGUGACAGGGGUCCUGGGUCCCUUGAUGUCUCCCAACCACAUGUAGCCAAUUCCUCACUCAGGCCCCCAGAGCCAGCCUUUGAAAUGGAGCAGGUCUAGGCUCCCUCUGGUUUCCUGCACCCCAAAGUGAGCCGCACUCUCAGGGGACUAGCCAUCUCCUUCUUAAGAGGGUUUGGGGCAGUUUUAUAUUAAAGGGGGUGUGUGCUCGACCCUAGCUAGGGUGAUUUUUUUUUUUUGUUUUUUUUUUUUUUUUUGAGACCGAAUUUCACUCCUGUCACCCAGGCUGGAGUUCAGUGGCAUGAUCUUGGCUCUCUGCAACCUCUGCCCCCCAGGUUCAAGCGAUUCUCCUGCCUCAGACUCCCGAGUAGCUGGGAUUACAGGAGCCCGCCACACUCAGUUAAUUUUUGUAUUUUUAGUAGAGACAGGGUUUCACCAUGUUGGCCAGGCUGGUCUCAAACUCCUGGCCUCAAGUGAUCCACCUGCCUCGACCUCCCAAAGUGCUGGGAUUACAGGUGUGAGCCACUGUGCCUGGCCACUAAGGUGGUUUUUACCUGCACAUCCAGCCUGCCUGUGUCCCCAGUGUCUGUUCCAUCAGGCAGUGGGGACACAGGCAGACUGGAUUUCAAACACAAUCGAAUAGGGGCGGGGGGUAGGGGAUAUAGUUACUCCAGAAAAUCUGAGCUAAAGCUAGAGGCUGCAACGGACAGGAUUUCAUUCCAGUUCUCCAGGGAGACUGGGUGAAGCGGAGCAUGCUAGCAGAUCCGCCACACUCCCAACUGCGUAGAGGGAUAUGCAGCCCAGCAGCCGGACAACCCUGGGAGCUCCUGUAUCCAGGGUCACUGCAGCCCUGUGAGGUCACCAGUGGGCGUGGGACUCUGAGCCAAUGGUACAGGCCAGGAUUAGAGGGCGCGGGAAGAUGACCUCUCCAGUCUGGACCCAGAAGGACUUCAGAGGCCUACAGUGUGGUUCUGUCUGCCUGGCCACGAAGAAAUGGGGUGGGGUAUGGGUUCAGGGCUUGGCGGCCUGGUGCUCACCACCCUGGAGACAGCAGCAUCUCUUCCAUGGAAGGAGAAGACAGAGAGGAGGGUGGGGUAGACUCUGGUCAUACUAGAACGGGCAGGCACCCACCCACUUGGUCACCUGUGGAAAAGCUGGGGCCAGCCCUGAGUUCAUUCUUCCUGCACCUGUGGUUUGGCCGGUGAGCAGCGACAGAUCCCAAGAGUGUGGACAGAUGGAGUGACCAGUUGGAGGAGACAGACUGGGCUGGAGAGGCCUGGAGUCUUGAAGGGGCUCUGGGUGCCUCCUGGGCAGAGGAGCAGGAAUGAAACCAUGGCCUCUGUGUCCCUCAUAGGGAGCACGUGCUCCAUGGAAGGGGUUCUGUGCUGAAGGAGUAGGCCCUGCCUCCAAGGAGCUUCUGUUGAAAGCAGAGACAGGGCCAUGGAAGCACUGGACUCAGCUGGGUGGAUGGCUGGGAGAUGGGGGACCCGAGGUGACGGCAGACUCUGAGGCCUGGGCAGCUCCGCCUAGCAGGGGAGAAAUCCCCCAUACCUCCCUCACCCCACUUACACCCAGCUUUACCCCUGGCACACCCUCCCGGGUGGGAGUCCCUGACCCAUUUUCAGUAGAGGAAACAGACUCUGAGAGGUCACCAUGAGCUUGCCUGUGAUGUGGCCCAGCUGCAGGUUUGAACCCAGGUCAUCUGGGUUCGAGACUGUGCUCUGCACAGGGUGGGAGGAGUGCAGCUCUGAAGGUGAGUGCAUUGUGGAGGAGGAUACAGGGAGGGGCAGUGCUGGCAGGGGGCUCUGAGAGGGGCAGGGGCUUGAUGGGGUCCCUGGGUCAGGACGGCCCCAGGAGGCUAGAGUUGGGGUAUAGGGACCAGGUCACACAGGGUUCUGAAUGCCAGGCAAGGAGGCAGGGGUCACUGCAGGUCUGCCCCAGCAGGAGGAUCAAUAUAUAUGGGGCCCAAGUGCUGGACUCAGGGGAUACCUGGCCAGAGAGGCCCCAACACAGGAUGAGGCCUCUGAUGACCAGCUCGGGGAUGAGUGACAGGGAAGAGCCAUGAAGUGGGGGUCACCAUGCACAGCAGGGCCUGGCCACUUACAGCUGAGUGGCCUGCAGUGCUGGUGCCUUGGCUCUGAUAUAAAAUUGAAUGAAGCUGGGCACGGUGGCUCACGCCUGUAAUUCCGGCACUUUGGGAGGCCAAGGCAGGAGGAUCGCUGGAGCCCAAGAGUUCCAAACCAGCCUGGGCAACACAGUGAGGCUUCGUCUCUACAUAAUUUUUUUAAAAAUAAAAAGGGCGGGGCACAGUGGCUCACGCCUGUAAUCCCAGCACUUUGGGAGGCCAAGGUGGGCAGAUUACGAGGUCAGAAGUUCCAGACCAGCCUGGCCAACACAGUGAAACCCCGUCUCUACUAAAAAUACAAAAAUUAGCCAGGUGUGAUGGCACAUGCCUGUAGUCCCAGCUACUCGGGAGGCUGAGACGGGAUAAUCACUUGAACCUGGGAGGCGGAGGUUGCAGUGAGCCGAGACUGUGCCAUUGCACUCCAGUUUGGGUGACAGAAUGAGACUCUGUCUCAAAAAAUUAAAAUAAAAUAAA